ACUGAUUCCACAGGGUCCUAAAGGAUCCCAUUGACUUGAAUGGUUCAGGUCCACACCGAUGAGAUAUUGGGAAUUAUUUAUCAAUCACCAAGUUCAGGAUAAAACGCGUUGACCCACACCAAGAUUAUUCUAAUAAGUGACAUGACUGAACUGUGCAUAUUAUAUGGAAAAAUGGAACCAUCAGAGAUGACUGAAGAGAUGAAAAGUUGGAUGGACAAGGCCUUUCAAAUGGCUCAGGAUGCCUUAGAUAAUGGUGAAGUUCCUGUUGGAUGUCUCAUGGUCCAUGACAAUCAGAUUGUGGGACAAGGAAGAAAUGAAGUCAAUGAAACAAAAAAUGCUACACGUCAUGCAGAAAUGGUGGCAAUUGAUCAGGUGUUAGACUGGUGUACAAAGAAUGACAAGAACUCCAGUGAAGUUUUUGAAAACACCAUCUUGUAUGUGACUGUAGAGCCUUGCAUCAUGUGUGCCGGAGCUCUCCGUUUACUUCGAAUUCCUUUUGUGGUAUAUGGUUGCCGUAAUGAACGGUUUGGUGGAUGUGGAUCAGUUCUGAAUGUUGCUGAAAAUAAUAUACCAAACACAGGAGCUCCAUUCAAGUACAUAGGAGGAUACAAGGCUGAGACAGCUGUGGAGAUGUUAAAGACUUUUUACAAGCAAGAAAACCCUAAUGCUCCAAAAUCAAAAGUCCGUAAAAAGGAAUAAAAAUAUUUCCAAUAUAGUUGUAUGUAUGCUGUAUUUGAUGACUAAUUUGCUUGAAGAAAUACUGAAAAGAGGCCCAAAACUCCAUGAGACAUCCUCUGUCAUCUACUUCAUGUUCACGGUUGUGUCCUUGGCUGCCACGUAAACUUCUUCUAUGCUGUUGUUUUUUUUAAUCUUGUGAUAUUUUUGCAAUAAAAAUGUUCUGGUAUGAGAUAUCACUGAUUCCAAGUGUUUCUUUCAUUGUGUUUGCACAAUUUAAAGUACUUGGAAACCAGAUGGCAGCCACCAGACCAAUACAUUUUAGACCAGAAGAGGUCAGCACUGCUACAUACACACUUAGUUUCACAUGCAAUAUAAUCAGAAAAAAAAAAUUGUGGUAUGUUAAAGCUGGAACACCUUAUUAUAGUUUGUGACAACUAUAAAAAAUGUUGACUUUCCAACUGAAAAAAAGUAAUGUUAUCUCAUGUGUUUUGGUGUGCUGUGCAGAUGGUUAACAUUUUUUACAUAAUAUAUACAUUUUGUUGUACCAAACCUAGGUCACAAUAGAACUCCAAACCUCACGUAUCUACAGUAAGCAAAGUACCAGUUCAGCUUUAUGCAGAGAAGCCAUUAUUUGUGACAGACUGGUUGCUAUGAAUACAUUGCCUAACAUCUACAUCCAACUAUGGGCAAAUGGGCAAGAUAUUUAGAUAAAGGGCUAGGGCAUUAAACUCAAUCUUUGCCCCCCGGUAAAAUAAAUCUAGCCAUGCAUUUGCUUUAAAGCUCAACCUCAGUGAUGGAUUGGGCAACAGGAUAUAAAUUUUUGUGCCACCCUGGAUGAGUUUCAGGGGGGCUAGUACUGAUCUGACACCCCCCACCCGAAGUUGACAGAUGAGAGAGAUGUUAGUUCAGAAGUUGCUGC